AUGCCUCCCCGUCAAGAGCCGCCCACCGAUGUCACACCGCCAUGUAUCCGCGAGCAACUCUCCAUACUCAUCGCUAUUUCCACCGCUAAUGUCCGCCAUCUUCAUGCAAUUAUCACACAAAUGGUCACCAUCAACACCCUCAUCAGCAUUCAAACUGAAACCAUGGCCAACCUCAUCCCGAUUCCACCACCGAAUCAACAACCAAGACCGCCAACAAUGUUAUCCCCACCGCUACUGCCUCCACCAAAUUCGAUGCCAUCAACUCGGUCACCACAACAACAACUGACAUCGUUGCAACCAUUGAAAUCAAAAACGAUCAUCGGGAAAAUCCAACCAGUCACAUUCGACAUUCAACCGAGCGACCAACGAUUUUCCGGUUUCAUUCCUCUACAAACGAACUUGUUGGAUCUCGAGGACGAGGUCAAUUUUAAGGGUGAGGGAAUUGAUACGUAUUAUGGGCCAUACCGAAGGCCGCCUCCAUGGCCGGACCCAUUAAAGAUGUUAUAUAUUAAAAAUGGAAGCCCUUUUGUGAUACUCUUGCAACACUUUCCACAAUGUCAUUAA